CCGCAUCAGUGAGGCGAUCACCUUCGAGACGAUCAUCUUCGAGACGAUCAGCCUCCGAUAAAGCAACCAACACAUCAAGAUCUGAUCUACGAGCAACUGCAGACCCAAACAUGAAGCCCUACUGCAUCUUCAUCGCCUGCCUUGUGCUCUUCGCUUUCUGCUCACUGGCACGCAGUGAAUUCAGCCAAGGUCCCGAUAAGUGCUGCUUUUCUUUUUCCAAUGUAAGAAUCCCAGUAAAGCAGGUUGAGAGUCAUCAUACUACACAUCUUGAGUGCAACAGGAAUGGUGUCAUUGUCAUCACAAAAGCCCAAAGAGAGAUCUGUGUUGACCCGACAGAGAGAUGGGUUCAGAGACUGAUCAACUUCGUGGAUAAUCAAAACAUGAAGGAGAUGUCACUCAGCAGCUCUGAGGACAGCGAAUAAGAUAUGAACAGCUCUUCUCUUUUCAGACUAUUGAUUAAAGUUUUCAAACUGAUUUUAAGCUUUCAUUGUGAAAAAUAAAUAAAAACAUAUGCACCUGCACAA